GGAGUUUCACGGGUGUCAUCUCGACGGUGUAGAUUGGGAAUGGCCUCGCCAGGAAAGCGGCAGCGCGAAGUGCUCGAAGGACUCGCCGAUGUCGACGGGACUAAAGAGGGCGAGGAUGGUGCCGAGUAUGCCCCGCCUGCAAAGAGCCUAAACUUGGGUAUCAAAGACGGCCCUCGACUCGGACAAGCUGCGCCAACGAGCAGGUUGAACCGAUUUGGGUUUGGAUUGGUUCCACCCAAGCCCAUCAUCAUUGCUGCCGCAACUACAACAAAACGCGAAUCCAACCAAGAUGAGAAUGACGGGAAGAACGCGAACGUCGUGAUCGUGGAGACCAAACCUCCGUCGAGUCACUUGAGUUUGCAACUGGACUUGACAACUGCACAAACGGACGGUGCGACGUCGAAACCAUUGACCUCGAACCCCAAGAGCAGGGCUGGCUCUGUACCAAAACCACCAGGUUCCCUUCCAAAGCCAGCAACGUCAGUGCCCAAGGGCAAACGAGGAUCCGCGCUUCCACAGCCGCGUGCACUUGUGAAACCUCGCAUUAGGAGAACCACUAUUCCCCCAGCAUCGAACAAGCCCAGUGUUGCUGAGGUCGCAGCUGCUGCAGCCAUCGCCAUCUCGGACUUACCUCGUCCAUCGGAGGACAACGCGAGCGGCCAUAGCAGUGGACUUGACCUUGACAUGAGUCCCAAGGACUCAUUUGUGGCUCUGAUCAAGGACAGAAUGAGCGUCGUGAGUCAAAUUGAAGAUGCGGUCAAGCUGAAGAGAUCUAGGCUCAAGCCUCACGACUGGCGCGGCAAGUUUGAAGAGCAAAGGGCGACACUACAAGACCUGCGGGGCCUUCUUCGCAGAGUUGUGGACGAAGCGAAAUUGCUCGAGCAAGACGCAUUUAAGCUGGACCAAACCAUUGCCAUGGACCGGAAAGUCCUUCAGCGGGAAGUGGACCACGCCCGCGAGCGCAGUCAGCAAGUCGAUGCCGUCACCCACGAGAUCCAAAGCAACGUGACCGACAUGCAAGUGACCAUUCGCAUGCUAAAAAGCGAGAAGGACCGCCUCACGGCCGAGCUGGGUGAAGCCAAGUCGCAGCUUCAAGGAUCGUCCGACCUCCAGACGCAACUCGUCGAAGCCCAAGCUGCUCGGGAUCUCAUCAAAAUCGAGCUCGAUCAGCAAGUGGCGACGCUCUCGACCGAGAACCAAUCUCUCCGAGCUCGUCUUGACGCUGCGCUGGAAGACCACGCGUCCGCCAAAGCGAGCUUGACCCGCAAAGACGACGAAGUGUCGACGAUGUUUGCAAGCCUCAAACAAAUGCAGGACUUCGCUACAUCUGCUAAUGUAAAGCUCGAAGCCGACAACACUCAACUGCGAGCCAAACUCGUCGAGCUGGAUGCCCAGGUGAAAGACCUCGAUACCAAAUACACGGCUGCUAGCACGUCAUUGCGCCACGUGGAAGCCGACCUGCAGGCUUGCCGGACCGCCAAAGACGAAGCGCUGGUGCUGGUCGCAGAGAAGUCGGAGCAAGUUCGAGCAGUGACGAAUGAAGUACACGAGCACAUUCGUCAGGCAAGCAUCGAAAAGGAACUGCGAGUGCUGAUUGAUUCUCAAAUGCGGGAGUUGCGCGUGGAGCAACUUGCAAUGAACGCCCAGAUGGAAGCGGUGAAGGCUGAGAUGAAGCACAUGGUUGAUCGGCAUGCAGACGAAAUGGUGGCCGCAAAAGCCGCGUUGGAAGCGUUGGAGGCGCGGAUGCACUCGAACGCGGUCAUGCACACCGCUGAAGUUGAAAAACUGCGCGAGGCCAAGGUGAGCGCCGAGAGCGAGCUGAACACGUGGCGCUCGAAGCAUGCGGACAACGAGAUGGUCGAAAUGAAGGCGUUGGUCGAAGCAAAACGUGAAGCCGAAGUGCUCAAACUUCGACUGAAGGAACUCAAUCUCCAUGGCUCGCAGACUCUGCACGAGAAGGACACCAUGAUCGCAACGCUGGAAGCCAAAGUAAAGGAGGGCGAAGCUCAGCGCCGCAGGAUGCACAAUACGAUCCAGGAACUCCGUGGAAAUGUCCGCGUGUUUGCACGAACCCGUCCCUUCCUUCCAUCGGACGGCGAUGCCACGCAGUCGGCGCUCGCAUGUGACGGCGACCUGCAACGCGUUACGCUGAAGCGAGAGAAGGAAGCGCACGCUUUCACGUUCGAUCGAGUAUUCGCCCCUGCCGUGGGUCAAGACGCAGUCUUUGAGGAAGUGUCCGAGUUCGUGCAGUCGGCGAUCGAUGGAUACCAAGUGUGCUUGUUCUCGUACGGGCAGACGGGGUCGGGUAAAACGCACACGAUGCAAGGCAGCGGGAAUGGUCACAUGCGCGGGAUCAUUCCGCGCUCGAUUGAGAAGAUCAUUGCGGAAGCGACAAAGAGCGCGGACCAAGGCUGGCGCUACGACAUGCACGCGUCGUUCUUGGAGAUCUACAACGAAACGGUGCGCGACUUGCUUGCGGACAAGGCGGACGUGGACAAGAAGCUUGUCCUGAAGAUGGACCCGAAGAGCAGCAACGGUGUCACGGUCCAAGAUCUGACCCUCGUGCCGAUUCACAGCCUCCACCAAGUCGAAGGCAUCAUGGAAAAAGCGGCGCGCGUUCGCAGCGUCGCGUGUACCGAUAUGAACGCGCAAUCAUCCCGGUCGCAUAGUGUGUUUUCGCUGCACUUGCGAGGUGUGAACGACUCCCAAGGCACGGUGCUCGAAGGCAAGCUAAACCUCGUCGACUUGGCUGGCAGCGAGCGGCUAUCGAGGUCCGGCGCGACGGGAUCGCGACUCAAAGAAACUCAAGCCAUCAACAAAAGCCUGAGCUGCCUCACGGACGUGUUUGCGGCCAUUGGCAACAAGAGUCCCCAUAUUCCAUUUCGCAACUCCAAGUUGACAUAUUUAUUGCAAAGCUGCCUCUCUGGGGACGGGAAGACGCUCAUGAUGGUAAACCUGUCGCCCACGGUCGAGUCGGCCCACGAAAGCCUUUGCUCGUUGCGGUUUGCCCAGCAUGUCAACCAGUGUGAGCUGGGCAAGCCCAAGCGUCAGCUCAAGAAGAAGUCGGACGACGACGGGGUCGUGGAAGCCAAGGCGUAGCAGUAGAUAGUCUAUCGUGAAACUACUUGUUGGUGCCACGUCAUGUCGAUGUGCA